AGCGUAUGGAAUGGUUGAAUGGUUGAAGAAUGGACGAUGACUGGGUUUGGCCUUUUGGCAUGUUCCCCAAUCAGCGGAGGCCGGAGGGUAUAAUCAAAACAAAAGCAACGUUGUCAAAUUCAGCGAUUCAUUAGUAGAUUGCUUGCUUUCCCACUUGGCUUCUCAGAUCAUUGCUUUGUGCAGUUGGGUUGUGACCCACCAUUUUAAAUUUUCAGCCAAAUGUAACUACUGCGAUUCCAUGCAUUUCUUUCUUCUGGGUCAUUCCUAAUUUGCCCUCUGCCUUCAUUACCGUAUUGUUACUCUCGAAGUUCUCGCUAUUUCUUUGAGGAGUUAAUGCACAGGCAGCGGUUUUCACAAGUCCAAGAAGCGCGUGUUCGUGCAUGUGGGGGGUUUUUUUUUUUAGUGUUUAAACCCAGUCAAAUCUCGUGGUUUUAGCUCUUUUGUGUUCUAAAUUCACUGGAGCUAGCCUCCCCAUUUUGAUUUGGGUUUGUAUUUGUUCCGUUUCUGCGACUUGUGAAGUUGAAAGCAUUUGAAGGAGGUGUCUUCUUAGCAAAGAUUUUGUUUGUUUCUCGGGAAAUGUGAGCUGGGUUUUCAUAUACUCGUAGGGGUUUGUUGGACAUAAUCGUUCAUUUGCCCCUUUUCUGUCAAUUUGGUUGGGAGAUUAUGAAGAAAGCAUCGACCUAUCAUCCUUGAAGCUUUAUUGAACGUUUCUGGUGUGUUCUCUUGGGACUCUGUUUUUUUGGAUCAAUUUCGUUGUUGGGUACCCCCAAUUGGUCAUAUUCAGUUCAUCUCAGCUGGUUUUUGAGCGGAAGCUACUCUUAGCGCCAGAAAGAGCAGACCCAAGAAAGGAGAAAAGGAAAGAAAACUUUUGACUUAAUCAAUUGGGGAAAAUCAGAGAAGAUAAACUCGUACACACCCUUCUUCAAUUGUCGCUUUCAUGGCGUAUUGGGACCUGAAAACUCUUCCAUAAAUGACCAUUGAUGAGCUUGUUUGAGGUCUUUUAAGACUGCUCUGGUUGGCGUAUACCGGAGCUUUGAGGAACAUACCUGAAAGUUCAUCUCAGAAAGUUGUUGGAGAUGGCUGAUAAUGAAGAGGAGAUGCGAUCUUUGGCCUUGACGCCCACUUGGUCUGUUGCUUCUGUGCUAACCAUUUUCGUUGUAGUCUCCUUGCUCGUGGAGAGGUCCAUUCACCGGCUAAGCACUUGGUUGAGGAAGACUAACCGAAAGCCAUUGUUAGAGGCAGUGGAGAAAAUGAAAGAAGAGUUGAUGCUUCUUGGAUUUAUUUCUCUCCUUUUAACAGCUACAUCAAGCUUAAUAUCAAAUAUCUGCAUCCCAUCAAGGUUCUAUAAUACCCCUUUUACUCCAUGUACCAAAGCCGAGAUUGAUGAACAAAAAGAAGACAGUUCAUCUAAAGAACGGAAACUAUACACCGUUUCGGUAUUACCCCAUUUGUUUAGGCGGAUGCUUGAUGGGAAUGAGAAAACCUGCAAAGAGGGUUAUGAGCCGUUCGUUUCGUACGAGGGUCUCGAGCAAUUGCAUCGCUUUAUCUUUAUAAUGGCAGUAACUCAUAUAUCUUAUAGCUGCUUAACAAUGUUACUGGCAAUCGUAAAGAUUCACAGAUGGAGAGCUUGGGAAGAUGAAGCCCAUAUGGACAGACAUGAUUCACUAAAGGAUAUCACGAGAGAAAUGACACUGCGGAGGCAAUCGACCUUUGUUCGAUAUCACACUUCACAUCCUAUUACACGGAACAGCUUUCUAAUCUGGGUGACAUGUUUCUUCCGACAAUUCGGGAAUUCUGUAGUUCAUGCUGACUACCUCACACUUCGCAAGGGCUUCAUCAUGAAUCAUCACCUCCCUUUGACGUAUGAUUUCCACAGCUACAUGAUUCGCUCCAUGGAAGAAGAAUUCCAAAGGAUAGUAGGUGUGAGCGCUCCGUUGUGGGGAUUCGUCGUUGCUUUCAUGCUGUUUGAUGUAAAAGGAUCUAAUCUGUACUUCUGGAUAGCAUCCAUUCCAAUUGCUCUUGUUCUUCUCGUGGGCACGAAGCUGCAGCAUGUCAUUGCAACGUUGGCAUUGGAAAGUGCUGGUAUAACCAGUUCUUUUUCGGGUCCGAAGCUAAAGCCAAGAGAUGAUCUUUUCUGGUUUAAGAAGCCUGAACUUCUCUUGUCCUUGAUCCACUUUAUCCUUUUCCAGAAUGCGUUUGAGUUGGCGUCGUUCUUCUGGUUUUGGUGGCAAUUUGGAUACAAUUCUUGCUUUAUUAGGAACCAUAUGCUUGUUUAUGCAAGACUCAUCUUGGGAUUCGCCGGGCAGUUCCUUUGCAGCUACAGCACCUUGCCCUUGUAUGCUCUGGUAACUCAGAUGGGAACAAACUAUAAAGCUGCAUUAAUUCCACAAAGAAUAAGGGAAACAAUCCAUGGAUGGGGCAAGGCAGCAAGAAGGAAAAGAAGGCUUGGCAUGUUCACCGAUGACACCACGAUUCAUACCGAAACAAGCACGGUUAUGUCAAUUGAGGAUGAUGACCGUCGGCUUAUCGAUGAUACUUACGAAACUACUACUGGCUAUACGACAAUCGAGUUACAGCCAAUUUCCGUACAAGAACAAUCCGACCCUGUUGUUAAUGAAUGGCCAAGCAGAGCUAGAACGUCGCUUCUGCAAUCCUCUGCGUCUCUUUCUUCACCGGUUGAUCCGAAGUUGGAGGUUGAAAACUUUAUGAGAAGCUUUUCUAUGCCAGUUAAAAGAUAGUAUACUCAGCGCAGCAAUGAUAUAACAUUCGACCGAAAUCAAGUGUCGAGAAUAUACGAGGUUAGAGGUUUAUAGGAAAGAGAUACUCAUAUCGAACAUGAACUUAGGGAAGUUAGCAUAUAUGUAAUAUAUUCAUAAAAGAAAGUUCUGUAUUGAUAUUAAAAGAUGAAUUCAGAUCAUGAAGCUUUAUAUUUGUAAGCCACAAGCAGUUUUGAUAUUAUUGACUAAGAUGUUAAUGUUGGUCA